AUCAGUACAGUGGCUGAAUAGUGGGCUCCCGGCCGGGACGUGAUGGCCGGGGGCCUAAGCUGGAAGAGACAGAAUGCCGAUUUCCAGUUUGCAACCCUCCUUAGCAGUGAAGUCAGGACUGCUGUGGAAGCAAGAUACCUGGAGCUUCUGGCGUAAGCACUUUUACGUCAUAUUCGCUGGCGAGGAGCCUGCUAUCGCGCUCUACUACCAGGAGAAGAUCGAUGCCAGGCCGGACAAGGUCAUGCCGCUACCCGGCUGCCGAGUGCUGGACAUUCUGGAGCAGCAGGGCCGCUUCAAGUUCACACUGGAGUUCAAGGACAAGACCAGGUGGCACCUAGCCAGCCAGUCGGGCGACGACCGCAAGGAGUGGAUCUCCACCAUCGUGCCGCUGGCGGCCGGGGCCGGCGCCGCCGGCGUGCACGGCGCCGCCGCCGCCACGGCCGCCGCCGCGGCUGCGGCCGCGGCACACGGCCACCACGGGCACACCUACAGCCACGGUGGCGUGGCAGGGGGGCACGGGCACGGGCAUGGCCACGGCCACAUGCACCCGCGGCACGGCGGCACGGGCGGCUACGGCGCCGCGCCCCGCAGCAGCGCCUCCUCCCCCCCGGGCACCCCCGGCCGCUCGGUGUCGCCCUCGCCCUCCAUGCGCACCUCGGUGGGGGAGUACGCCUCCUACGGCUACGGAUUCGGCGGCGGAGGCGGCGGCGGCGGCGGCGGUGUCGCUGUUGGCGGCGGCGGCGUUGAGGACGGGCCUGGGGAGCACGAGCCACUGAACCCGGGCAGGGGCGGCGGGGAGGGAGCCGGCGCUGGUGGCGGGCCGCCGUCUGUGGCGGGGUCGGUGGGGUCGUCGUCUCUGGCCAACUCGGUGAUCUCCCUAGCAGCCCUGCAGCAGCACCACCAGCAGGGGCCGCAGCCGAGCGCCGGUUCGUAUACGCGGCGGCAAAGCGUCGAGGCGUCGGCGGUGGCGGCGGCGCUGGCGGCGGGAGGCGGCGGCGGCGGCGGCGGGCAGGUUGUGGGCGCCGGCGGCGGCCUGUCGGGCGGCGCGACGGCGUGGGGCUCUGCCGCCGCUGCGGGCCGCAGCUCGGCCGUGGUGCCUGGCUCGUCCGGAGCGGCUGGUUCAGGGGCAGGGGCUGGCGGGGGAGGAGGAGGCGGCGGUUCGGUGCGGUCGGGCCGCGCGGCCACGGUCCCCGUGAACGUGGCGGCAAGUGCGCCUGCAUCGGCCGGGCCCAGCCCCGCAAAGGCGUCCAUGGCGGCUGUACAGCAGCAACAGCAGCAGCAGCAGCAGACGCGCAGCUCGUUCUUUCGUUGGUGGGGCGGCGGCGGUGCGGGCAGCGGCGGCAGCGCCGCGGCCGCGCAGGCGCAGGCGGCCGCCGCGGCUGCGGCUGCGCAGGCUGCGGCUGCGGCUGCGGCUGCUGCUGCGCGGCCGAGUUAUACGGUGGAGCCCAUUGGGCCGGUGGUGGGGCAGUUGGAUGUGCUGUCAGGCAAGUUCGACGGCGGUCUGGUGACCAGCUCUCUGUGUGAGCAGUUCGACCGGGCGGCGGCGUACGUGGACAAGUACCCCGAUCACUUCAGCGAGGGCAUGCGGGCCACACUGGCGAACUGGGUGUCGCUGGUGGGGCGCCGCGGCGUGUCGGCGGAUGUGCUGGUGGCGUGCAAGGCGCUGUACGUUCUGGAGGUCACUCGCGCGCGCCCCGACUGGUCGGCUGCGGACGAGGGCGACACCACCUUUGCCGGGCCCGAGGCCAUCAUUGUGCAGGUCCGGCGGCUGCCCACCGCCGCCUCGUUGUCGGCCCUGCGCGAGUGCCUGGACUACUGCUCCGCAGACUGGACCGACAUGUUCGUCAGGCUGGACGGCGCCAGGCUGCUGUACGACGUCAUCCGCGCCACCGAGCCCCCCGCGCGGCAGGGCGCGGCGGAGGCGGCGGAGGCGCUGGGCGGCGCGCUUGCGUGCGUGCGCAGCCUGGCGGGCAAGCCCGGCGGCAUGGAGGCUGUGCUGCGCGUGCGGGGCUUCACGCGCCAGAUCGCCUCGCUGCUCCGCCCCGUGGACGGCGACACGGCCCGCCUGGCACUGGAGCUGCUGGGGCGCAUGCUGCUGGUGGGCGACGCCAGCUACAGACAGGUGCUGCUGGCAUUGCUGGGGCUGCCGGAAAAGCACAGCAUCGUGGGGGCUCUGGCGGCGCAGCGGAGCGCCAGCACCAGCGCCGCGGGAGUGGCCGCGGCGGCAGCCAGUGGCGCGAGUGGCAGCGGUGCCGGCGUCAGCACUGCGGCUGCUCCGCCGCCGCCGCCGCCGCCUGGCCCGCCGCCGCCGCCGUCGGCAGCAGCAGGUGGCGGCGCUCCGCCCCCGCCGCCGGGGCCGCCGCCGCCGCCUCCGAUGGGCGGCGCGCGGCCGCCGCCACCUCCGCCGCCGGGGCCCCCUCCGCCCUCUGCUAUUGCGGGUGCCAAGCCCCCUCCACCCCCGCCGCCAGGACCGCCGCCGCCGCCACCAGUGGCAGUGGCGGCGAGGCCGGCCGGCGGUGCCCCGCCGCCGCCGCCACCUGGCCCGCCGCCGCCGCCACCCCUCAUGGCCGGAGGCGCCAGGGGCGCACCGCCGCCGCCGCCGCCCCCAGGGCCACCGCCACCACCGCCGCCACCUGUGACAGGCGGGUCCAAGCCGGCCAGCGGACCUCCGCCGCCGCCACCUCCGGGCCCUCCGCCGCCGCCGCCGCCACCUAUCGCUGGCGGUGCCAAGCCGGCCAGCGGACCUCCGCCGCCGCCACCUCCGGGGCCGCCGCCACCACCACCGCCGCCCAUUGCAGGUGCACCCAAGCCCGCAGCGGCGCCGCCACCGCCACCUCCGGGCCCACCUCCGCCGCCUCCGCCGCCCGUUGCAAGGCCAGCGGCGCCGCCUCCGCCGCCGCCUCCAGGACCGCCGCCGCCACCGCCGCCGCCGAUUGCACCUCGCCCACCGCCGCCGCCUCCACCGCCGCCACCUCCGCCACCUCUAUCGGCUGGCCGCAGCAUAAGCAGUAGCAGCGGCGGCGGCGGCGGCGGCGGUUGGUUCGUGGAGGCUGUGGGGUACGAUGAAGGGUAUGAUGCCGAGGCGGAUGAGGAGCGGCGGCGGCGGUCUGUGUCGCCUGACCCGGAGCAAAGCUGCAGUAGCAGCAGUAGCAGCGGGGCAGAGGGAGGCUGUAGCAGCCAGGGGGGCCGUGGCAGGUUCUCGCCAGGCCGGCGUGAGCGCCGCGGCGGCAGGUCUAGCCACACCCGGGUGCUGCUGCGGUGGGUGGGGCCCGGAAUGCCGCCGCCACCGCCGCCGCCGCUGGCCCCGGCGCCGCCACCUCCACCGCCGCCGCCAGGGCCGCCACCGCCGCCGCCGCCUCCAAUUGCGGGGCCGUCCAAGGCCGCGGCUCCGCCGCCGCCACCUCCGGGGCCGCCGCCACCGCCGCCGCCGCCCAUUGCGGGUGGCGCGCCGCCGCCGCCGCCAGCGCCGCCGCCGCCACCGCCGUCAUUGGCCAAUGGUGGCGGCGCGAGGCCCGCCGCCGCCGCCGCCGCAAGUGGCGGCGGCGGCUCCCUUGCAGACAUGCUCCGCGCUCGGAGGGGCGUGGCGGCUGAUGACGAUGCCGGCGAUGACACUCGGGACGGCAAACAGGAGGCUGCGCCGUUGAUACCACCACGCCCGGCGGCGCCGGCGGCGGCUCCACCGCCGCCACCGCCGCCAGGGCCCCCGCCUCCGCCGCCACCACCCGUCGCAGCGGCGCCGCGUGCCGGGCCUCCGCCGCCGCCGCCUCCGGGGCCUCCACCGCCGCCGCCGCCGCCAAUCGCGGGCGUUGCACGGGCCGGACCCCCGCCGCCGCCACCUCCCGGACCCCCGCCGCCGCCGCCCGCCCCUGUGGCUGUGGCGGCAAAGCCUGCCGGCGGUCCGCCGCCUCCGCCUCCGCCGGGCCCGCCGCCGCCGCCGCCACCACCCGUCGCUGGCGGCGCAAAGCCAUCUGGCGCGCCUCCGCCUCCGCCGCCGCCGGGGCCCCCUCCGCCUCCCCCAGUGGCUGGCGUCGCCAGACCCGCAGGCGGUGGCCCGCCGCCUCCGCCGCCGCCGGGGCCGCCGCCGCCGCCGGUUUCCGGGUUCAAACCACCCGCCGCCGCCGCCGCCUCUCCUGCGGGAAACAGCAUGGAGGAAGCCCUGCGUGCGCGGGCCGCUGCCAGGCAGGCCGCCGCCGCCGCCGCGGCUCCUGCCGCAGACUCGGACCUAGCCCCGGCCGGUGCCACACAAGAGUCGCCCGCAGCUGCCGCCGCCGCAGCAGCACCAGCCGCGGCGGCCUCUCCCGCCAGCAACGCCAAACCGCUGCCUCCGCCGCCGCCGCCGCCGCCGCCGGUGUCUGCGUCGCCAACGGCAGCCGCGCCUGCGGCCGCCGCGGCCGCCGCAGCGCCGCCGUCGCCGUCAGCGGCGGCGGCGCCUUUGGAUCCGGAUCCAGCGGACGAGCCCGAGGAGCUGCCCCCUCAGGAGUACCUUCUGGAUCUGUUGGAUCUGCUGGAUAUGGACAGCGAGGCGUUUGAUCCGGAUCUUGUGCCGUACGUGGUGCGGCUGCUGAGCGGCGCGCUCACCAGUCCCGAGGCCGAGCCCAACCGGCCGCUCAUGCUCCGCUUUGUGGACGCGUUGAUGAGCCGGCGUCUCAUCAUGCUGUUCGCCGAUCUCACCGCCCUGGACAAUCCCCAGCUUGAUCGAGACAUGGUCGCUAUAAAAGACACCAUCAUCCAGAUCAUUGCGCCGCCGCCGCCGCCGCCACCCCCGCCGCCGCCGCCGCCGCCGGCCGCGACCAAGCCCGCCGCGUCCUCGCCGGGCGGCGGCAGCGGAGCUGCCGCCGGGCGCGGCGCUGGCGCGCCGCCGCCGCCACCACCCGGCCCGCCGCCGCCGCCGGUAACAAUGCAGCUAGCGGACGGCUCGUCAGGAUCGGCAGCGGCAGCACCGCCGCCGCCGCCGCCGCCCAUGCCGGGGCCGGCGACGGCUCCGCCGCCGCCGCCGAUGGCGCCGCCGGUGCGCUACACGCCGCGGCCUGUCCCGCCCCCCUCCAAGAAGAUGAAGCAGCUUUACUGGGACACCAUCCCCUACGCCCGACUGCACCACACGUUCUGGGUGGAACCGGAUGAAGCGGAGCGGGCGGCGCAGCGCGCACAGCUGCUGGCGGCGGUGGCGGCGGCGGGCGGCGCCGGGGCCGCGGGGGCUGGCGAGGUGGAUGGCGGGGAGGGGGGUGGCGGAGGGGACGGCGAGGGGCCGCCCACGCUGGACUGGUCGCUGAUGGAGGAGAUGUUUGCGCAGGUGGUCAAGGCCAAGGCCACGCCCGCCAAGGCCGCGGGCGGCAAGGCGGCGCAGCAGGCAGUCAUCGACUCCAAGCGCGCCUACAACAUAUCCAUCCUCAUGGGCAGCAAAAUCAAGAUCCAGGUCGACCAGCUGCGCUCGCGGGUGGUCCAGCUGGAUCCGCGCGUGUUCGACAACGAGGAGUCGGUGGGCGCGCUGCUGCAGUGCGUGCCCAGCGCCGACGACGCCGCGGCACUGGCGGCGUACCGCGACAGCGGCAAGCCGCUGGAGGAGCUGGGGGAGGCGGAGCGGGUGUGCCUGGCCCUCAUGAGCGUGCCGGGCGUGGAGGGGCGGCUCCGGGCCUACAGCUACAAGUUCACCACGCCCCACAAGAUCAACAGCGCAAAGUCCGCCGACGGCAAGCACACGCUCAUGAGCGCCCUGGCUCUGGAGGUGAUGCGCGUCAUGGGCUCAGCAGCCGGAGCCGGAGGAGGAGGUGCCGGAGGAGGAGGAGGAGGAGGCGGAGGCGCGACACCCGGUGCUGGCGGCGGCGGAGGCGGCGGCGGGGACACAGUGCUGAGCGAUGAGAUGGGCGCGCUGGCAGACCCCAUGCUCAAGGUGAGUCACCAAGAGGCGGCCGAGAUGCUGGGCGGCGCCGAGUCCCAGAUUGAGGAGCUGCGCGCCUUCCUCAAGGACUACACGCCCAUCACCGACGUGCAGGGCGUGGAGGAUACGUUCCUAACCACCAUGGGCGCCGAACUAGAGGCACUGGACGCAGCCUACGCCGAGGCGAGGGAGAUGCAGGCCAGCAUGAAGUCGCAGUACGACUCGCUCCUCAAGUACUACGGCGAGAACCUCAACUCCACCCCCUCCGACACCGAGUUCUGGUCCGCGCUGGCCGCCUUCGUGGAGCGGUUCAGCGGCGCGCAGAGGGCGCUGGUGGCGGAGCGCAAGGAGAAGGAGGAGCGGGAGGCGCGGCGGCGGCAGAGGGAGGCGGCGGACGCGGAGAAGGCCAAAAAGCUGAACCUGAAGCGGCAGGAAACCCAGGACGCCCGGGAGCGGCUGCUGCAGUCCUCCACCCUCGCCCGCACCCCCACCAAGGGCCAGGCCCAGCAGCAAAACCCGCUGCUGCUGCAUCCCGGCCACACAACGCCGCCGCUCACGCCCCUGCCUCACGGCGCCGCCGCCGCCGCCCCCACCAACAACACCAAUGUGUGGCAGCCCAACGCCGCCGCCGGAGGCAGCGGCGCCGCUGGCGGCGCGACAAACGCGCUGGCGGCGGCCGCCGCCGCCGCGGCGGCGGCGCCGCCAAGCCUGUUGGUGACGCCGAUGCCGCCGCCGUCGGUGGCGGGCUCGCCGGCGGCGCCGCUGACGUCGACGCCGAUGUCGGCGGCGACGCCGGGCGGCAUGGAGGCGUUGAUGAUGCUGACUCCGCCCGCGUCGGCAUUCGCGGCCGCGACGCCGCAGUCCGCAGCCGCCGCCGGUGGUGGUGGCGGUGGUGGCGGAGAGGGCGUAGGUGUAGGAUUGGGGGUGGGAGGCAGGCUGCCACGGGUGGAUGAGGACCCGAGCAGUGGCGGCGCCAGCCUUGACCUGGGGGCGGCGGCGGCGGCGGCGGCGGCGGCGGCGGGCAUGGCGGGGGUGGCAGUAGCAGGGCGCCAGCAGCAGCAGCAGCAGCAGCAGCAGGGCGCGGAGGGGCACACGCCCACGCUGCUGCCACCCACCUCAUUUGUCCAGCGACUCAACGAGGCGGGGAUAGGCAUGCACCCGCCUGAUGCUACGGGCGCCACGGGCGCCAAGGCCGCCGCCGCUACUGCUGCAGCCGCGGCCGCCGCCGCUUUCGGCGGCUCCUCGGACUCCGCUCCUGGCAGCCCCGACGGCGCCGGCACCGGCGGGCCCCGCAGCGGCGGCGGCGGCUCUGCCGGCGGCUCCGCCACCACGUCGUCCCGCCGCCUGAACCUGGCCCUGGCCGGCUUGUCGCCGCAGGGCUCGGGCUCGAGCCUGGGGGCACCGCUGCAGCCUGUCAGCUUCCCGCACAUGCCGCCGCCGCACUCGCACGCCGCCUCCUACGCGCCCGCCUCCCACGUGCACCACGCCGCGCACGUGCCGCACCCCCACCACGCCCACGUGCAGCAGCAGCAGCAGCAGCAGCACCCGCCCGGCACCCCCGGCCGCGGGACCAGCGCCGGCAGCUGCAGCAGCGCUGGCGGCGCAGCCGCCGGCCCCGGCGCCCCUGCGGCGGUGGCGGCGGCGGCUCCCGCCUCUGCCGCGUCGUGCAAGGCGGCGGAUGACGAGAAGGCCAUGGUAGCUGCCAAGCACGCAAGCAACAAGGCGCUCGCGAGCAUCCUGAUGGGGGCCGCGGGCGCUAGGCGCGGGGGCAAGGACGGCGGGAACGGCAGCGACGGUGGGAGCGCGGCCGGGAGCGAGGGCGGCGCCGGCGGCCCUGGCCCUGCUGGCGCCGGCGGUGGUGUGAAAGGGCCGGGGACGUCGUUUGGGGACGCCGCGACAGCCGCGAGCGUGGCGGCUGCAUUCAGCGCCGCCCGCGGCGGUGGCGGCAGCGGUGGCGGCGCCGCUGGAGCUCAGAACGGGACGCUGGACGCCCGCCCCUCCUCCCUAGCCGGCUGGCUGCCGCCGCCGCCGCCCGGCAGCGACGGCGGCUCUGCAGCAGGAGCAGCUGCUGCUGCUGCUGCUGCUGCAGCUGCAGCUGCUGCGGGUGGCGGUGCCGGCGCUGCGGCCGCGGCUGCUGCUGCGGCGGCGCUGCGUGAGCGUCACGAGGACUGGAGCAUCCGCAUCGCGGUGGAGGACCUGAUGCAGGGCAUGUUGGACGACCUGGCGUAUGGGCUGUUGGACGGCGACUGAUGAGCGCUAGCUUGGCGAGGGUAGCUAAGUAGCUAAGUGGAGGGGCGUGCGUGUGGAUGGGGGCGGCUGCUGCCGCUAUGUAUAGGCUGUAAGGCAGAUGCGGGGUUGCAAAAGCUAUCUAGGCGGGCAGGCUAGAUAGGCAGGCAGGGCCUAGGCCGCUUGAAGAUUGCUGCUGCUGGUCGGUUAUUGCGUUACUGUGAAAUGGGCGGCAGAAGGCAUUGGCGGCGGUGCCAGGCGCGGUCGCACAAAGUAUGUUCACGUCGAUACAGGUAAAUAGAUAGCGAUGCUGAGUUGUCUUGAGCUUGCUUGCGCCAACGAACGCCGUGCGCCGAGUGGAAACGAUGUGUUGUGCGUGUGGCUUUCGUACGGCGGCUAACUGCUGGGACCUGAUGAUCUUGGGCCAUCAGGGCCGGCGUGUUUGCAAUCAAGGUGAUUGCGGGGUAUCCACCCUACCUCCAUCCCUACAUGUUACGUAUUACGCCCACGCGAACAUGCAGGCUCGGCUCAGGGGUCGUAUCUUGUUUUCAGGGCAAUGUCUAGGCUCAGACAAAAACGGCUGGGUGGCCGCCGUCUUUUGUCUGGGCACAUGGCGGUUUGGGGGCUUCUCCAGAGGCAGGGUUGCAUAGUUCGUAGUACGCGUACUAAGUACUACGUACUGUACUACGUACUGUACGCUGCCCUCUUCGGCUAGUACGUUGGAAAAUACGUUGUGCUGGGGAAACCAGCGGGGUGGGCCGUGGCAGCGCCGUGGCGGGCGAGGGGCGCGAGGGUUGCUGGAAAGGAUGUCCGUCGAAGUUCGCGAACCAUGGCUGCUCUCCGCAGUUGCAGCUGUGUUUUCUUAUAACAAUAUGAGUAUAAUAAGUUGAAGGAAAUUCCGUUAGAAGACUAUGGCCGCGCAAAUCCAAAUUCACACCGAUUCGGGCAUGGAGCGGGCACGCGUGUCGUGUUUGCAUCGGCUUUCCCCGGAUUUCCU